GCUGUGCAUUGGUUGGGGAUUCGGAUGGAGCUGCGUCUCUCUCUCUGCAGCAGCAACACCGCAGGCAGCGGGCCAGUGGCUCAUCUUCCUUUCUAAAGCCUGCGCUGCGAACCUGCUCAGCACGUUUGCUAUCUACAACAAGGCUACUAGACAGCGCAGCCGAAGAACAGACAGGAUGGAUUUCUUAGCAAACAUCGGCAUCCCUGGCACCGAAUUCACUACAGGCAUAGGGUCGCUGAUCGAAAAAGCCACUUCCGAGUCCCUCGUCAACACGGACUGGGCUUUGAACAUGCAAAUUUGCGAUGAGAUCAACCAUCAGGGAGAUGGACCGAGUCACGCCGCCAAGGCCUUGAAGCGCCGGCUCAAGAGCGACAACCCGAAAAUUCUUGAGCUGACGUUAACUCUGUGCGAGACGACCAUGAAGAACUGCUCCAGGCCGCUUCACCGAGCUCUCGGCGCAAGAGAGUUUCUGGCAGAGGUCGCAGGGCUAUGCAACGGACAGAAGGGAUAUGAGGUGCGUUCUCGUGCUCUUGGUCUUAUCCAAGACUGGGGAAUAGCUUUCCAAUCGGACAGGAGCCUUGCCUACUCGGAAACAUACGGCCGCCUGAAGGCCCAGGGUGCUCGUUUCCCAGAGGCAACAGACGCAGCAACCACAGCCUUCACGCCUGCGGCGGCGUCAUACGGUGCCUCAUCCUCCUCGUCCGCAACUAUGGCGGGCAGCGGUGGCGGGGGGGGGGGCGGGGGAGGAGGAGUGAGGAGUGCAGCCGAAGCGCCCCCCCAAACGAUGGAGAAGCUAGAAGAAGAUCUCCAGGUGGCGCUUGUGCGUGACUCCCACAGUUAA